AUGGACGGCUAUGUAUCCGGCGGCAGCGAUCUGGUAGAUCCCCGACGCAAUCCCAAAGGCGUACCGGGCUAUGUCCAGAACUCAAGCUCCUCCUACGACGGCAGCACGCUAGUCUUCAGCUACUCCUGCAGCGAGACGGAGAACCUGCCUGACUUUACCGUAGCCCUCAGCAGCCAGCACAUCACCGUCCCCGGUCUAAACGGACUUUGA